AGGUGAUGUAUCGAUGCUAGCUGCCAAGUUACUAACACUGGUAUAUGAUAGUCAUACUUCAUUCUUGAAUAGGAAACUCAACCAAAUGUCUAACUUCUAUCGUAUAUGUCGACCAACUUGAUAUGUAAGUUCUCAGCAGGCAGAAAUGGAAUACUUGAGAACUGGAUGAAGUUGUAACCAUAUCAAACAAUCUAAAUAUAAUUCUUAGGCUUAAUAAACAACGAUUUGAGGGGGGAAAGAAAUUAGGCGUAUGUGUCCUUCCAAGUAUGAGAUUAUAUAAUGACAUGAAGCCUCAAUUUUUGAACGUGCGACAGUCGUCGCAGCGUGCUCGUCAAGCAGCGGCGGUUCAUACGUCAUCAGAAAGCUUCGUUUGUUUCAGGAACGGUAUUAUUGGUCGUUGUGAUGUGCCGUCUGGAGUGAACUUAAGCCACCUUCCAGUACACAUGAAGUCGCCUGCUCUGCCACGACGACUCAGAGCAAAGUUGAUGAACCUUGUUAUUUCAAAGAUGCUUUGUUGUGGCCGUAAGAAGGAAGCAAAGGAAGUGGGAGAGCCCUCUGUGGUCGAGGAGGUUGUAAGUAGACCUGGUCCGUCCCGCCCCAGGAUACCGGAAAUGGUGGUUCAAAGAGACUUCCGAAAGGUCGGUGGGAUCACUUCGGAGGUCUUUCGGCAAAUUGAAGCUGUCGAGAAUGACUACGAUGCUACAACAGCUGCUAAUAUCGAGGUGGUAGAGAGACGUGGAGAGAUGGUCAUCCGGGUUUUAGACCCUCGCAGGUUAGGUAGAGUUGGGGCCGAAGCUAGUAAAAAGUACCUGAGUGCUGCUACUAGUAGUCAUACUGUUCAAUUCAUAGAAAUUAUCAAAAGGCCAGGACAGACGUUGGGGUUAUAUAUAAGAGAGGGGGACGGGAUCCGGCGGACAGGGGGAAUGUACAUCUCCAGAAUAGCUCUGGAAAGUGCUGUGUACACCAGUGGAUUGCUUAAAGUAGGUGAUGAGAUUCUAGCUGUGAACUUGGUUGAUGUGAAGCACAUGAGUUUGGACGACGUGGUCAUCAUCAUGUCCAUUCCAAGGCGUCUGGUGUUAACCAUUCGCUCUAAGAUCCCUGGAAGACUGCCCACUCACCCUCCAAGAAGGAUUCUAGAAGAGAUGCGCCCACCCAUUGUAGUGUUGAAGAAAGAGAUGGAAGAGGAAAUCAUGGAAGAUGUUAACGGUAACAGCGAAAACGGGCAGUUAAUCCAUGCCAGGACAAAAGGCUUGCCAUCAGGAAUACCACCAGUAGCAAUUCCAUUAAAAGACCAAGAAAGACGACAGUAUGAUGACCACGGCCUCUACUAUAACUCCCGUCCUCGCCUUCACAGAGCACCGAGGGUUGAAGCUCGGGAGGAAGAGAGACAUUGGCGAGGGGAACCAGAAAUAUCUAGGCGUUCAACAAUUACGCGUCAGCCAAGGACUCAUUACAGGUAUCCAAAAAAAAUGUUAGAAAGCUUAGCAGAACAGGUACACACAUUUCGCAGGUCCCCACCUCCACCAGCUCCUUACAAAAGAACCCAGCCACCUCGCAAAACUUUAGCUUCAAGACCUGAAAGAAGCAGCACUUCACGUGGCAGAUACUGGGACGAAUACGAAGCUGCUUUAAGUGGUCGACCAACAAGGAUUCUAAGGGCGGAGAGUGAACAAAGGAUUCCAAGAGAUAAUUACCAAGAAGAGGACAUGAGAAACAGAUAUGCUGCUAGAAAUCAUCGACUUAGUUCACAAAUGAUGAGAAUUAUGCAACCAAGAGGUCGAACACGCCGAUCUCUUAGAGAAGGCCCACCCCAGUCUGGAAUCCUGCGGCAGCGACGCUCUGUGAUAGAAAGUUGUUCCGAUACCGAAGUGCAUACAAACUCCAGGGAACCUGUUGUUUUGUAUAGACAACAUAGUUUAGGUCGUGUGACACCAUCUAUGGGUCAUUUCCAAUUCAGAAGCAAUUCACUGCCACGAGUUCGAGCUGCUGACCUAGAGACCCGGACACACCGCCAGUCUGUCCGUUUUGGAAACAAAACUUUGCCUUACGACUCUCAGGAGGACAGCGAUGGCGCAUUGUCUGCCCCAGAGCUUCCAUUCUCCAAAUCGGGUCGGAGAGGCUCAG